CUGGCAUCAAGACGGAUCCAUAAUUUCUAAAUCUUGUUGAUUUAGCUAUUUCGCGAAUAAUAAAUCCCUAAGAUUUCAAAGGUGGUCAAAUUAGAAUAGUAAGAGCAGCGAGGCAAAUUCGAGAGCAAGUCUCGCCAUCGCUCUGCGGGAAGCAAACGUGGAGGCGGGCGUCGGCCAAAAGCACUCGGAAGUCGGACUGGGCGAGCCUUAAUGCGGAGCGCUUGCCGGAAGGCCCCGUUAAUACCGCGAAGAAAACCGGUUGCACGCCUCGAAAAAGCCAGGGCAAACUCUGCGGGCGCUGGAGGGGUCUGAAUAAGACCCGAGAUCGGACAUGCAAGAAGACGAACGUGAAGGAGGACCGGGCGCCGGAGGAUCCGCGCUUGGCGAAGUGGAAGGAUUUUGGAGUCAAAAUAUAUUGGAUUAUUUUCUGAAUAGUAAGCAAAUUAAAACAAGAGAUGGAGCUGAAAUCAUUUGGUACCACAGAGCAAACAGCAAGCAACAUAUGAAAGAGGCAAUACAGAGUGCUGCUCACAUGAUAGAAGCAGAUGUCCUUCUUUAUGGUAAUCAACCAGUCAUGGCUCAUCCACCUGAAACAAAUAGUGAUAAUACACUCAAAGAAUGGUUAAAUGAAAUUAAAAACACCAAUAAAGGGAUCAAGCUUGAUUUUAAAAGUCUAGAAGCUGUGAAUCCCUCAAUGAAACUUAUUGGAGACCUACAUCUUAGGCAACCUGUUUGGAUUAAUGCAGACAUACUUCUAGGACCAAAAGGAAAUCACCCCGUAGAUGCAAAGGGAUUCCUGGACACAGUGAUAUCAUCUUUUCCAGAUGUAACUUUAUCUUUGGGAUGGACUACUGGGAGAAUUAAUUCAAAAUGCAAUACAGGUUAUAGUCUAGCCAUGGUACAAGAAAUGGCAGAAAUAUGUAGAGAUCGUACUCAGCCAAUCACAUUUGCUGUAAGAGCUGAUUUGGUCUGUCGGUCAAAAUCUGAACUUCUGUGGUUACUACAGCAAUCAGACAGGUACACGUUAACCAUUUGGACUGGAAAAGAUGAUGAAUAUUCCGUAGAUGAUUUACUCUUCAUCAGACGUAGCUUUGAUAAAUGUAGAGUUUUUUAUGAUAUCUUGGAGCCACAAAAUUCUGAAUUCAGAAAAGCCAUAGGAAUAUAAAAGGACAAAUAAAACAGCCCAGUCAACAAUAUAUUUAGUCUUUAGACUGAGCGGAAAAAUGCA